CUUCAUAUCAACAAGAAGAAACGUUUUUAAGUACUAGUAAUCAACAACCCUCCAGCACAGCACAGCACAGCGCAGCACAGCACAGCACAGCACAACAUAUUUUCCCAUCAUGGCUUCUCUAGUAUCGUCAUACCGGCCCACUGCCAACGGCACAGAUGCCCCAUACCAGCCCAAUGUCUCCAACAGCAACACCCCGAAGCAGAGCGGGAACUUCCCGACCCUGAAGCUGAACGACGGCAACGAGAUCCCUGUGUUUGCCUUUGGCGUCGGUUCCGCCUUGACCAACGGCGAGCACAUCCUCAAUGCGACCUCGGCAGCGAUAAGAAACGGAUUCUACCACCUAGACGGUGCUGAAGUGGACGGCAACGAGAAGGCCCUCGGCGACGCCAUCAAGCGCAGCGGGCUGCCGCGCUCGCAGUUCUUCGUCACAACCAAGCUGUGGACCGUCGCGACGACCGUGAAGGCCUCGCUCGACGCCUCGCUCGAGCGCCUCGGCCUCGACUACGUGGACCUGUACCUCGUGCACUGGCCGCAGGUCGCCAAGACGCCCGACCAGCUCCAGCAGAUCUGGGCCGAGAUGGAGGCCGUCAAGCAGUCCGGCAAGGCGCGGUCCAUCGGCGUGUCCAACUUCGUGCAGGAGCACCUCGAGACGAUCCUGCGCACCGCCAAGGUCAAGCCCGCCAUCAACCACGUCGAGUUCCACCCCUACCUGCAGCACGGCAACCUGCUCGACUUCCACCGGCAGCAGGGGAUCGCCACAGGCGCGUACGGCACCCUCGCCCCCUUGCGCAAGGGCGCCCCGGGCCCCGUCGACAGCAUCUUCACGUCGCUCGCGCGCAAGUACCAGGUCACCGAGUCGGAGAUCGCCAUCCGGUGGGCCAUGGACCAGGGCAUCGCCGUCGCCACGACCAGCACCAGCGAGGAGCGCAUCCAGGGCUACUCCCGGAGAAUACCCAGCUUCAAGCUCUCCCCCGACGAGAUCCAGGAGAUCUCCCAGCUCGGCAGGCAAAAGCACUUCCGCGGCUACUUCACCGACAUCUACCGUGACGAGGACAGGCGUUAAAUGGGGGGGGGUUUAGAAUGGGGGCUGGACUGGACUGGAUAGAAAGGUUUAUAUCUAGGUAGGGCGUAUUAUAAAGAGAAAACGCCGAUAUAGCUAUGGUCCUGUUUCAUUAAGGACAGCUGGAGGAAAGGUUGCUAUUGGUGUAGUCGGUCCGUGUUAGCAUCGCACGAAGUCCCCCACCAAAGCCUUUUGAGAGCAGCAAUCUAGC